AGAGGCCAGCUCGGAGGACCCAAAGUGUGUUUCCAUCGCGAGGGAAGGCCUCGGGUCGUGUUCGUCUCGUUGGUGUCCGGUGUAGUCGUCAAUUUUCCCGCCUUUCCAUCCACCCUCGUAUCGAUUUUUCGUCGAUAAAAAUUCGUGCGAGUGAAAAACGUGAUACCAGGGACUUGGUGAAACCUCUUUGAAAAAACUAUCCCCGUGGAUCCUGGAACGAUUUUGUCUUGUGUUUACCAGUGUGCUAAGUGUGAUGGGGAUCUAAGAACGCCGAUGAGGAAUCGAGACGCGUACCGGGCGAACGUUAUCAGGUGAGGGCGCAGUAGCUUCCGGCGAGGCAAUCGAAAGAUGGCGGCCGAGGGUAUGGAUAAUCCGGCGUUCGUCGGCGAGGAUGAAUGUGCGAACGAGACGACGCAAAACGAUAAUCAGCAACAGGUAACCUUGGACCAGGAUCGCAAGUCGGUGUCGGAGAGCAUCCCUGUCGAAAAUGGCCACCAACGAUCGUUUGUGUCGCAGCAACACGUGGAAGCCGGAAGAACCAGUCCGGAAACGCAUUAUAGAACCGAGACGAAGAUAGAGGUGCCCGAAAGUAACACGGAAAGAACCGAGACGAAGAUGAACGGCGUUCACGGAAACGGAAAUAACAACGAUGCCAGUUUCCUGAACAGCAGCACGACAAGUGUGCAGACGAAUGACAAUGGGAAAAAGGAGCAGAUCGAAGCAGUGAAUUUGGAACUAGUCUCGAUGAGGCCCUAUGCAGGGAAUAAUCAGACCAAGGGUCAAGAGGCUUGCGAGGUCCCAGCUGACCCCUAUGAGGAAUACUUCGUUCCAGUGAACGAGCAUCGAAAGUACAUCAGGGGCGAGAAGCUGUAUGUAACGAAGGACAAGAGAUCAAGGAGCUCCUAUUGGAGACGGAUGGCCUGUUGGGGAUGUGGUUUACUGGUCCUACUAGUUGCCAUUAUCAUCGCCAUUUUGGCAGCAACCGGAGUAAUUUUAGCCCAAGAGGCGUCAGAACCUUUAGAAAAUCUGGAACAAACGAAAUCCCGGCAAUUCGGCGACGUGCGAACAGCGGGAAGCCAAGAGUACGUGAAGGACCCACCGCCGAGUCCUCCACCCGCCGUUUCGACCUUCCCACCCUGGCAAACGACCGACGAGAACAGGUACCUAUUCGUCGCGAACGCCUUGGAUGGAGUAUUGACAUUGGACCGAUUCACCUGGGACCAGGAAUUAAGAAACCACACGUCGGAAAUGUACAAAGCGUUCAGCUCGCAGAUAGAAGAUCACCUGAGGAACGCGAUGCAACCCACCACGGACGAGACGUCGGUUAAAGUGUAUCGUAUAAUGAAGGACGGAGAAGUGGAAUUUAGGAUAAAUUAUCCUCCAAAUUCUUCCCCGGAGGAAACGCAACAGAGGAUGGAGGAUGCGUUACUAAAGGAUGCCAACAUGAUCGGACAGUAUCAUGUAAGCAGAUUAGAACUCAGCAAGCUUUUGGACGAAUGUCAGGCAGGUUUGUUAGGCUGUUCCGAAAGUUGUAAAUACAAUUACACGAAGGGUACGUUCGCGUGCUAUUGUUCGGAUGGGAAAAUGUUGGACGCUGAUGGAAAAACGUGCGUCGAUGAGAAUGAUCUGAGUAACGUGGAGAUGGACGAUGCACCGGAAGUUCGUACGGAGGUGGUGCACGACUACGCUCAGCCUAGAAGCAGAGGACCCGGUACUGUGUACGAACCUAGACGCCCGGAUAACUGGGACCAUAUGGACCAUGAUUUAUCCGGAGGGGGGCACUACCACCACGAAGAAGACUCUCAUUCGCCUUCGUAUUCGGAUGAUGGUUCCGAGGAACCAGAGUCUACUCAUGUGCAUAGCGAAGAUGGAAAUCAUGAGGUUAAAGAUGAAGAGGAUACGGUGCAUUGGAUGCACGAUCAUUCGAAUCAUUAUACUGUUGAACCGAAGGCAGAGCCUGAACCUUCUAGUGAACCAGAGCCUGCUGCAGUAGAACCUUCUGGUGAACCAAAACCUUCUAGUGAACCAGAGCCUGCUGCGGUAGAACCUUCUGCUGAACCAGAGCCUGCUGCAGUAGAACCUUCUGGUGAACCAGAACCAGCUGCAGUAGAACCCUCUAGUGAACCAAAAUUUGCUGAACCAGAGCCUUCUAGUGAACCAAGACCUGUUGAACCCGAACCCUCUGCAGAGCCAGAACCCUCUGCAGAACCAGAGCCUUCUUCUGAACCAGAACCCUCUGCAGAACCAAAACCUUCUGCUGAACCAGAACCAGAACCUUCUACUGAACCUUCAGCUCAGCCAGAACCUUCUACAGAACCUUCAGCUCAACCAGAGCCUUCUGCAGAACCAGAACCCUCGGCUGAACCAGAACCCUCAGCUGAACCAAAGGCUUCCUCUGAGGCAGAGUCCCCUAUUGAACCAAAGCAUACUACUGCUGAGCCUUCAGCAGAGCCAGAACCAGCUGGUCCUGUCGAACCUGAGCCUACAAGUGAACCACAGGCACCUUCUGAUGAACCCAAGUCCACUGCAGGGCUGUGGCCUGCAGAGGAACCUUCGUCUGAACCGAAACCAUCAGAAGAAAAAGGAUCUUCAACUGAACCAUCCACAGAACCCAUACCUUCUGAAAUGGAACCAGUCGCUGAACCGAAACCUUCAAAUGAGUUGGAGUCUUCGACGAAAUCAACAGUGACAGAGCAUCCUGAACUAGAACAACCUGAGUUGUCUCAAUUUCCUCACACUACCAUCAAAUCUGAGGAGGAGGAACAAGAAUCAACAGUACCUUCUACAGAAAUGAUCCAUAAUAUUGAACAUUCCACUGAAAUGCAGGAUGCUAUGCAGCCACAAACAACUGAGAUGCCCUCCAGUAAAACAGACUCUUCCAUUGAAUCUAUGACCACGAAUAAAAUGAUCGUUGAAUCAGCUACAGAAUUACCUGCUACUGAGUCACCCGAUUUGUCGAAGACACCUGAAUCUUCAACGACCAGCUCUGAAGCUGACAACACUGGUAUGCCUACAACCAUGGAAGCAGAGUCUACAACACCAAUGGUGUCUGGAGAAACAACACUGCCAAGUGUUGAUAAAUCCAUGGAUGAAAUGGAAAAUAAUAAUGCACCUUUGCCAGUGAUACCUCUGUCUGAUGAACAACAAGACAGUAAAACCACUGUUGUACCUCCAACAGAUACAACAAUGAGGGAGAUGAACAAUGAGGAGCAAAUGGUGACAACCAUCGAACCCAGCAAAGAAGAAACAUCAAAAGUUGAUCAAGUCACUGAAACUAAUACACCUAGUGACGAAACAACCGAGUAUACAACGAUCAGUACAAACAGCGAAGAAAAUACAGCUUCAGUGACUUCGUCCACUAGCAAAUCUAUUCCUGAAACAACUAUGAGUUCUCAGACAGCGUCUGUCUCAAUGGACACAAUGUCAGAAAAUACAACCGAGGUUAGUUCUGUCCCAGACAGUGGUACAGAAAUGUACAACGAAACUGUCGAGCCUAAAGAAGAGCCUAAGUCGCUCGAUUUAGGUUCAACAUCGCAGGAAGGGAAUGAAACCAACGUCAUCGAUCACAUACCGACAACGAUCUUCCCUAAUUUGCCAAAGAACUUCAGCCACAACAUCGAGCCACUCAUAGAACCGCUUAAAAACAACACAGACAACGAACACAUUAUGAUCAUCCCAGUGGAACAUGGAACCCAGGAGCAAGAUCCUCAUUCCAUCAUUCCUGAGUUGAUUCCAGAGAGCAUUCAGUCUAGCAACUCAUCGUCCACGCGGAUACCUGAGGUUACCACUGUUGAAAACACAGUUCAAUCCUCAACAGAGAAGAUCGACGUUGUUUUCAAUCGUUCUACGAUCCACCCCGAAGAGAACAUCGUGUCCGGUGAUCCAGGCGACUCUGUCCGCUACGAGGACAAUUUGGAUCACUCUACCAGUCAUCCUCUGCACCCAGCUGUCUUCCCUGAGAACACGGUGGAGCAUGUGACCGAGAAAUCCGACGAUAAACACGCUGAUGACAUGUCUCCCUUCUUGCCGGAUGUCCAGAAGGAGAAGGAAGUGAAGAAGGCGCCUAGGUUGGACAAGGACGAGCAGGACGUACCUAACCCUUUCGAAGGACACGUCGAAGACGUGGUCACUGACAAAUCCUUAGUGGAAACGGAGGAGAGGAACGAGACCGAAGCAACGGAUUCUUUGAACGAUGUUCAUCCAGAAGUGGAUAAAGAACACCCCGACAAGAGUGUGCAAAACGGAGUGGGUCGUGGAUUCAAACAGGAUGCCUUGGACGUUCUUGAGAUCAACGACACUGAGUCAGGAAUACAGAAUGCACUGAACCCGUACGAUGUUAACAAACCGGAAGACCAACGAAUGAUGAAGAGUGACGUGGAAGAGGACGAGGAGGCGUUGAAAGUGGUACCACUCGAAGAGGAGAUCAGGGGUACGGAAAUGUCUGUGAAAUAUGACGUGGAUAAGGAUAAUACGGAAGUGACCGAGUCCAGUGCAAGCGUAACUCCAACGGAUGAUCUGGAAAGGAAGUUAAACGAAGCAGCUGUGAAUAAUACAACGACUACUUCUGAGAAGCCCGAGGAAAAUGUUGUGGAGGAUCAGUACAAUGACAUAAAUGAUGAUACUCUGUCCAAAGGAUACCAAUCUGACGAUUCGAAGCUUCACAAGAAGCUGGCUGAUAAUGAAGAGAAACUGUUGAAAUCAUCAAACGUGCUCUUCAUUGAUGAUAAAACAAAAUCUACAAUGAAUAAUACAGAAGUUACAACAGCUGGCAGUGUUCUAGAUAAACUGACCACAGAAAUACCAGUGCUGCCGAUAGAGAUACAACAGGACAUGUCUACAACUGAGAAAAUUGAAAGCACCACCGUUGCUGAAGAGAAUAAUAAAAAGGAGAAUGAUUCAAAUCAUCAGGUGAGCGCAGAAGCGACAACGCUUCAGGUACCAACCACUCAGAUGCUUCCAAUGGAAACCAAGACCACUACUCAGGUACCGAUACUCCCUGAAGAGCUUCAAACUACUGAAAGUGAUUCACCGUUGACCACUUCAUCUAUUAGACCUGAUAUGAACACGACAAGCCCCCAUAUGGAGAGUACAGAGUCCCCAAUGCACAAUAAAACAGAAGAAUUGAUUCAAAAUAAUCAAACAAACGACAUGGUAGCAAGUUCUGUGCACCACAUUGGUGAUAACAGAAGCAUCAAUGCCACCUGGUUGCAGAUAGAUGUCCCAAUUUUGAAUAACACGAACGAAAGUGAAGAAAAUGUAACCACACCAUCGGCGACACACCUUGAAGAGAACACGAAGAAUGAAAGUGUUGCAGCAACCUCGAUAUCUCUGGCUACCACCACUGUCGGGUCAUAUAAACAGAGCUCUGACAUUUCUUCCAGCACUACCGAGGAUGUUAGGCCAGUCACUGAGAUACUCGAAGACGAUACACUGCCUGUGAGUUUUGAUUACAGAACCCUGUUAAUCACCACGACACCCAAGACAGCGCUGCCUGAUCUGGAUGUUGGGGAAUUGUCUGAAGAGGAUCUAAGGGUGAUCCCAUUGGAGAAAACAUUAGAUCUGAAGAAGAAAUCAACGGAUAAGAAGGUGGUUGACAAAUACAAAUACAAAAAGGAGAAGGAGCUGAAUUUGGAAGAGCACCAAGGUGAAAAUGUGCUGACCGAAGUCCCAGACCCAGCCACUGUCUUCUCCACAGAGAUACCUCGACCCAUCAAUGAUAUUCAGCAUCACGAUACAAGUGAAGUCUCUAAAUCAAUGGAAGAGGAUUCUUCGUCAAUACCAAAGCUGAAGAUCAUUGAAACUACGUUUAAUAGAACAGAAACAGAUACUGAACAGAAUAGAACUGUACCAGCUAGUACCAAGAAGUACCCCAGCUUCAUCCCCGUCUCUGAGGAGAUAAUAGAACCAGAACCUGUCACAGAACCCUUCGUGGUCAUCCGAAAUUUCUAUCUGAAUCGACAAAAUGCAGAUUUCACCACAGAGAACCCAGCAAUGGUCAGUGAAGCCAGUAUCGAAGGACACACAAUGAUGGAAGCAAGGAACAUCAGUGAACUGGAUAGCGUAACAUCUUCUACGACUGAAUCAGUCUCUUCGUCUACUCAAGAUUUAAAUGAAAUGAUGAAGGACCAGCCUGUAGACGCGACUGUCCCAUCACUGAUCCAAACCAAGUCCCCUGAUACAAUGGUGGAAAGCACCAGUCAUAUCGACGUAUCUUUCUUGAAUAUACCUGAGAACGUUGUCUUUUCCAAGUGCACAGCUGGUCAAUUCCAGUGUGUCAAUGGAACAUCGAGGGAUGGUGCUUACUGCGUUCCUCUCUCAGCGAAAUGUGACUCUGAGAAUGAUUGUUCCGACGGUUCGGAUGAACUGAAUUGCAAGGAACAAGGCUGCCCGGAGAAUUUCCAGUGUGCGAGUGGUCAGUGUUUGAAACGAGACCUGGUGUGCAACAGGAUCGUCGACUGCGACGACGGGAGCGAUGAAAUAAAUUGCGAGGAAUGGAAAUGCCAGUUCGACGAGUUCAAGUGUCCCAGUGGAAGGUGCAUCCCGGGUAUCUGGCAGUGCAACGGGCGACCCGAUUGCGAGGAUCACCGCGACGAAUACAACUGUGCCGAAAGUUGCGGCAACGAGGAGUAUCUCUGCCCGACUGAGAAAUGGUGCAUUCCGUUGACGUGGCAUUGCAACGGAAUCAACGAAUGCGCCAACGGGGAGGACGAAAAACUCUGCGACUGUGGCAUUGAUCAAUUCAAGUGCCAAACAGGAGGAUGCAUUCCAGAGAAUCUGGUCUGCGACGGUAUCGAACACUGUCCUGAUCAUUCGGACGAAUGGAACUGUUUAACGAUGAACACUGGCCCCGAAAGGAAUUUAACAGACGUGCAGAAAGAAACCGAGGAGAGUAAUGGAGCUCAGGAAUUAACGGAUAGCACCUCUUUGUUAAAAAUAAGACAAUUUAACGGCGAAUCUCGUCUGGUUUGUUCCGACGGAUGGAGCGAGGAGUUCAGCGACUCGUACUGCCAGGCUCUAGGAUUCUCCGGGUCCGAGGCGACCGACCUACAAACAUGGGACAAGAAUCAGAAGAUCCUGCGACUGAAGGCAAAUCCGAAUCACCGUAUGCCUUUGGUCGCGAAUCUAGAGCAAGUGGAGUUCUGCGUGUCUGAGAAAGUCGUCCAAGUAUCUUGCCAAGAGUUUUCUUGCGGCUCCCAUUACGGAGAAGGACCAACUGCGAGAUUAGUUGGCGGGACUCCAGCCAGCGAAGGACAGUGGUCCAGUGUAGCCUUGCUGAAGGAACCGAAACAAGGUGCUGCUUGUACUGCCAGCAUCUUAGGACCAAUGCACGUGAUCGCGAGUUACUCAUGUACUCACAGGUUGAAACAGACCAACGGAUGGCAAUUAUUCACCGAUAAGAACCUACUGAAACCACUUCCAGUGAAAAGCAUCAUUCCCUAUCCUCAAGUGAAGUACAAUCAAUUCUUGUACAAUAAUGAUAUGGUGUUGGUGGAACUGGAGAAACCUCUGACCUUCUCCAGAAACGUUAGCGCUGUUUGCCUUCCAAAGGAUCCAAUUCAGCCAAGACAGAUAUGUGUCACAGUGGGUUGGGGAUUUCCUGUGAACGGCGAGGUGGAUUUGCAGAAAUAUCUGACGUUCCUACCAGUGCCAACCUAUGAUUCUGAGAAGUGCAAUGCGACGAGUCAUUACGCAGGAUUUAUCACCAAGGACAACAUCUGUGCUGGAUUCACUGACACGGACAAAGGACCCUGCUAUAACGACGAGGGUGCGCCUCUGAUGUGCGUCAGUGAAUCUGGUGGAUCAGCCAGAUGGGAGAUCCAGGGUCUACUGAGCCACCAUAGCAGAUGCUCAAGGGGUCAUCCAGCUAUUUAUUCUAGCGUCGAACCUGCUCUAUCCUGGCUACGCAAUUCUGUGCCCGCUUUGCAAACGCAAAGCUAAAGGCAAUCAUUUAAUUACAAAAGUUAUUCGACGAAUUCGAUAGGGCAGACACACUUAUAAAUGCGGAAAGUUCAUGGGAGGGAACCGACAGACUGAAUGUUCCUGUUGAAAUUAACGAAACGCAACGAACAGAGGAUAAUCGUGUACUUAAUUCGUGUCUGUUUUUUGUUUCAAACAGUAUGUUCCUACAUAAAUGCGAAGAACACUGAACGGCCAUAAUUUGUUCCGCAUUAGAAAAAGAGGUUCUGUAUGUAAAUGAUAUCUUUUUUUUUUUUAUGAUAACUACUGAUUUAAUGGGCUGAUACUGCAAUAUUCCGUAGUUUUUACACUUACGACAUCCGUGCAGGAAAAAAAAAAUGAAUGACAGAGAGAUAUAUAUCGUAUAUAAUUGGCAACACGAUACUUAUUUACAAUUAAGAAAUUUGUAAAUACUGUAUAAAGCGACUGUUUAAUAUGCUUAAUGUUGUAAGAGAUUUUUGUACGAAAUAGGUCUCUUUAAUGAUAUUAUAUAAGUAUGACCAUGAAAAAAAUUCGGUACGUUUCAGACUCCUGUUUUUGUUCUACUUAUUAUCUGAUGGUUUGUUCAUUUUAUAUAAUAACUGUAUCUAGUAAAAAUACUUGUGUAACAUGUUCGCAAGUAUCAUUUAAAUCUGGUUAUUGUAUAGAGAUCAAGAAGAAAAUGAAAGUAUUUAUUUGAAAUAAGAGACCAAUAUAUAAAUGCACCAGAUUAUUCAUGCAACUGUUUAUUUCAGUGAUCCUAAGGGAUUUCUGAAAUGAAUACUGGACUAGGCUAAGAGAUAGAUAGGAUAAAUGUAUAUAAUAUAUAAGUAUUUUAAUUAAUAAAAUACAUUGUUAUAAAAAGAUACAAUAAUAAAAUAUGUUAAUGUAUGCAUAGUCACUGAUAAAUAAGUAAGUAUUUUUAUAUACUAAGAUAGAAAAUAAAUGUAUUUUAAAUGAA